ACAAUAACUCAGCGGUCACAUUUCCCAAGCACCCUAGUCUCAGCAAAGCUUUAGUCAGUGACACAUCUUGGACCCUCUGGAAGAGACAGUAUUUAAACAGGAGAGGAAAGGGGAUGGAUGGCCGCUGUCUAAAAACCCUUCUGCUGCUUGGGCUAGCUGUUCUGGUCCUGGGUUCUGAGCAUGAAACUCGACUGGUGGAGAAUUUAUUCAAGAACUAUAACAAAAUUGUUCGUCCAGUGAGCAAUCAUAAGCACGCUGUCAAUGUCACCGUUGGACUGCAGCUUAUCCAGUUGAUCAAUGUGGAUGAAGUGAAUCAGAUUGUAACCACCAAUGUGCGCCUAAAACAGCAAUGGAAGGAUGUAAAUUUGGAAUGGAACCCAGAAGAUUAUGGUGGAAUAAAACAAAUUCGCAUCCCAUCUGAAGAUAUCUGGCGUCCAGAUCUUGUUUUAUAUAACAAUGCAGAUGGUGAUUUUGCUAUCGUCCAGUUUACGAAAAUACUCUUAAAACAUACAGGUGAAAUCAUAUGGACACCUCCAGCCAUCUUUAAAAGCUACUGUGAAAUUAUAGUCACGCAUUUUCCAUUCGAUGAGCAGAACUGCAGUAUGAAGUUGGGCACGUGGACCUACGAUGGCACAAUGGUUUCCAUCUUUCCAGAAAGCGAGCGGCCAGACCUGAGUAACUUCAUGGAGAGUGGAGAGUGGGUGAUGAAAUCAUACCGGGGCUGGAAGCACUGGGUGACGUAUUCCUGCUGCCCUGACACUCCGUAUCUGGAUAUUACCUACCACUUCCUGAUGCAGCGUUUGCCUCUCUACUUCAUUGUCAAUGUCAUUACCCCUUGCCUCCUCUUCUCAUUCCUAACCGGGCUAGUAUUUUACCUGCCCACAGAUUCGGGUGAGAAGAUGACCCUGAGCAUUUCUGUCCUGCUGUCUUUGACUGUGUUCCUUCUGGUCAUUGUGGAGCUCAUUCCCUCCACCUCCAGUGCGGUGCCCUUGAUAGGCAAAUAUAUGUUGUUUACCAUGGUGUUUGUCAUCGCCUCCAUCAUCAUUACGGUCAUUGUGAUCAACACUCACCACCGCUCCCCAAGCACCCACACUAUGCCCCAGUGGGUGAGACAGAUUUUUAUCAACACCAUUCCAAACAUUAUGUUAUUCUCAACCAUGAAACGGCCUUCCAGAAAUAAGCAGGAUAAAAAGAUUUUUACUGAAGACAUUGAUAUUUCUGAAAUCUCUGGAAAGCAAGGCCCUGCUGUGGUGAAUUUCCAGUCAUCGCUUACUAAAAACCCAGAUGUUAAAAGUGCUAUUGAAGGUAUCAAAUACAUCGCUGAAACCAUGAAGUCAGACCAAGAGUCCAACAAUGCUGCUGAAGAAUGGAAGUUUGUUGCAAUGGUGGUUGACCACCUUCUUCUUGGCAUCUUCAUGUUAGUGUGUAUUACUGGAACACUAGCUGUUUUUGCUGGUCGCCUCAUUGAAUUAAGCCAGCAAGAUUGAAUGGGAACUCUAGUGGGAUAACAUAUCUUAAAAUUAAAUAACAGCCUUGCAUUUUACUGCAUAUUUACACAUUUACACCCUGUUCUCAGUCCCACAAGUCUGGUGUUUCAAUGCAAAAAGAAUAAAUGGGAAUGAAUUUGU